AUUACAGACCUGCUCAACAGGCGUCUUUCUCUCGUUUUCUGCACCUCCAUUGGCUGAGACUAAAACUGCUACUUGAAACUAAACUGCUUCCUGAAUAGCAAACACUUUGUGUGACAGGAAAUAACACUGACAGAACCAAGGUCAGUUACACAUCUACUGAAAAAAUCAAAACAAAACAAAUGAGGACAAAAUAUAUUUAACUCCUAGUUAGACACAGUUCAGUUUAGGUUCCAAAGGCUGUGACGAAAGACAACGGGGCCACAGAGGAGCUUUUGAACCCACACUGUGAGUUAUGUCUGCUGGACAGAAAAACACUCCGCGAGACCCUGCAUGUCAAAGUGGAACUGUUUUUUUCUCAAACCCUUUGAUGAGUGAUGUUGAAUCAGACUGGUCUCCAAUUCACGAAGCAGCCUUUAACGGACGUCUCCUCACCCUGCAAAAGCUCAUUGAUCAGGGUGCAUGUGUAAAUCUGAACACUCUGGAUAUGGUCUCACCCCUUCAUGGGGCGUGCACACAAGGUCACACGGCUUGUGCCAAGCUUCUGAUGGAAAACGGUGCAAAUGUAAACAGCUCAACUCUGGAUGGAAAAACUGCCCUGACAGAAGCAUGUGCUCAGGGGCACGUGACCUGUGUAUCGCUGCUUCUUCAACAUGGAGCUGCUUCCCUGGGGACCAGCCAGUCCAGUUCUCCAAUCCAUAUAGCUGCAACAAAAGGUCACCCUGAGUGCAUUGAACCUCUUGUUCAGUACGGAGCAGAUGUGGAUCAGCAUGUUGACAAGUUAGGAACCCCUCUCCAGAUUGCCUGCUCCAAUCAGCAUCUGAGCACCGUGAGGAAACUAUUGCAGCUGGGUGCAAAUGUGAACAGCAGUGUGUCUGGGGACUCGCCUCUGCACAUCGCUGCCCGUCAGUCCAGCCCUGAGUUGACAUCCGUUCUGCUUGAACAUGGGGCGGAUCUCUUCCUCAGGAACUCAGAGGGCAGCCAGCCACUGGACCUCGCUCCGCCCAACAGCCUGACGGAGAGACUUCUAAAACAAGCAGGAGGAGUGUCUCCUCUAAUGCAGCUGUGCCGACUACACAUCAGGAAAGCUGUGGGCAACAAGAGGCUGGGUGCGAUUUGUGACCUUCAGUUACCCACAGAACUGAUAGAGUAUCUGCUCUACCAAUCAGACCCAAGGGGAGCUCUUAAUGCGCUGAAAUUCCUCAACCCUGCAACCUCAGAUUUUGAGUCUUAAAGGUUUUUGGUCAAUAGGGGGCAGACUUGUAUAAUCUUACAUGGUGGCAACAACGUCCGUGCUCCUGGUUGAUGAUGAACCACAAUGUCGGAAUUACUUUCAGUGAAAGAUAUCCUAUAUCUUUGUUGCUUCCCUCAGGAAGGGAGGCUGGAUGGGAAAGACAUCAAUUAGUCUUGAUGUUUAAUACAGGUGGAUGAUGUGGCCGUAACCUUUAAGCUUUAAAUGCGCACAAGCUACCAGACGUUAGGCUACUAAAAAAACCUUUUUACUCCUUUAAGUUUUUGUUCAUAGAUAUUUUAUGUUUCGCUUAAAAAUGUGUUGCUCUUAAUAGUAAGGCAAAUAAAAACGCACUACUGAAUGCAAUGAUUCCUG